AUGGAAAGCCAAUCUUUGGAAAUCACACUACGUCCUUAUAGGCUCUCAGAUGCUGAGGACUUCUUGAAGUAUACCGAGGAUGAAAAGUGUCGAGCGGAGAUCGGGUAUGCGUUAGCAGCCGAGUACUGGGGACAAGGCAUAGUAAUCAGAGCUGUGAAGAUGGCCAUCACUGAAGGGUUUAAAGAGUUCACUGAUUUGGUUAGAAUGCAAGCUUUGAUUUUGAUAGAGAACAAGGCCUCCCAGAGAGUCUUGGAGAAACUUGGUUUCCACAUGGAAGGUCUCUUGAGGGAGUAUACCAUUCACAAAGGUACAGUUAAAGAUGUUUUCAUGUAUAGUCUUCUACCCACUGAUCUUAUGCCUUGA